UCCAAACCGGAAGGAGCCUGGCCAUGAUGGCGUUCGCUUGAAAGCGGCGGACUUACCAUCACCGCAGCCAACGGGAAGUUUGAGCCCGCCAAGCGGUUGACAUAGAAACCAGGGGACGCAAAUUACAGAGUGGUUGGAGGAGUGAUGGAGGAUGAAGAAGAGGUCGAAGAACCCAAAGCAAAGGUGAAGGAGGUGAAGAUGUCGACGAUUGUUAUGACGCUCUUCCCUACAGCCGUCAGCGAAGAGAAGCUUCAGGAAUCCAAGGAAAAAGCCAUCACUCGCAUUUUUGGGCCCGCAAAGACUUUGCUGAAGGUUAAAAACCCCCAAAGAGCAGGAGAUUAUGAAAGCAUUUUGAACAGGAAAAUAGACGAGCACUGCCGAGAAGGAGAUCUGUACUUCUCCCAAGGGGAAUGGGAGGAAGCGAUCACUCGCUACACCAAGGCUCUGAAUCUGGAUCCCAACAAGGGAGAACUUUACGAGAGGAAAGCGGAAGCCUUUCUCCAGCUUUGUGACUUCCAAUCUGCCGCGAUGCACCUUCGGAAGGUCUAUCACAUGUCGCCGAAGGAGGGGACCCGAGAACGGCUGGCCUUCAUUGUAUUCAUACAGCCCGGAAGAGGCACCCUCCUGCGCAGGCUGAAGGACUUCAGCGCGGCCAUCGAUGACUACCUGAGGGCCGUCGAGCUGUGCAGAGCCAAUGAGGCCAGCGAGGUGCGUCGUGAGGCUGAGAAGCAGGUCCUCCUGAGCUACAACGAUUUUGCCGUCCACUGUUACUUCAAGGGCUGCUACGAAGAGGCCGUGCUGCUGCUCAACAAAGCCAUCAAAGGGGAGAAAAACGAGUUUGGCCUCUACAUCAACCGAGGAGACUGUUUUCUGAAACUGGGCCAGCUGAAUUUUGCCAUGGCGGAUUAUCAACAAGCCUUAGAGCUGCAUCCUUUAGACCCCCGACUCCGGCAUCGCAUCGCUUGGCUCUCCAACGAGAGCGGAUUGCAAGACUUCCGCGAAAAGCAGUACUUGCAGGCUGAAACACAUUUCUCCUGCGCUGUGGACAACGAUCCCUGGGAAGUGAAGUAUUACCUGAACAGGGCGAAGACUCGUGUGUUUCUGCAGGAGUUCCUGGGAGCUAAGGAAGACAUGAUCAGCGCCCUCUUGCUGAACCCCAACAAGGAAGAGGUCCGGACCUUGAUGGGCAACCUGUUUCCCGGAGAGAACAAAGAAUCUCUCCUCAACAGCAAAGUUGGAGAUUUGACCAAAACUCUCCUGGAUCGAAAGCUGAAAUCUUUCCCUGGCGGGAAAGCUGAAAUCUUUCCCCUGCAGAGGCCUCUGAAAUCCACAGGAUCCGAACCCUCAACCAACAUGUACAUUCAAAUCGAGGACCAGAAGGGCGAGGAGAAGGAAGAAGGUUCUGAAGAAAAAAAGCUGCAAAAAAGACUGGCUGAAUGUCAGCAAAACUCACACCAGGCAAACGAGGAGCUGAAGGAAGCGCGUCAAAAUAAGCCAGCUCUGGAAUCCAAAACUGUCUGGGUAGACGCCUGCGCCCGUCCGCCUCCCAAGGAUUGCCCCAAGGAACCGUACUGCUGGAGGAAAUUCUAAGAAGGCGUCGGUCACUUUUAGGCCUGUCCGAAGCAUCGCCUUGAGAUGGUAAACCUUGGUUUUUCUCCCCAAAAUAUCCUGAAUUUCAAGUGGGUCGAACAAACCAGAUUUCUCCUGCCAAAUAGCUUGCCCGCUCAAAACCACACAAAGUUAAAAAGAUUUAGGAUGGCCAGGUUUUGCUCGGCUAAGAGGCUUCGUUUCUGUAACCGAGACCCCAAAAUCUUGGAAAGGGUGGAGGGGAUGCCAUCCCUCUUUCCCUUCGGGGCCCUGAGUGACAUGUGGCAGCCCCUCCCACCCCCCAGGGAAAAGGCUACCCAGUGGGACGAAGCGGUUGGCACCAGAAUAAAUCUUUCCCCCUAAUAAUUGCUCAAAGUAUCGGAAAACGGCAAGCGGGAAGCCAACUUACUUCUGUUCCAUUUUGUUCUAGACGUUGGAAAAGAUUUGCUCUAUAAAGUUGUGCCUUUCCUGCUUUUUUAUUUAAAUAAAGCAACCUUUGGAAGACCCUAAGGUACGUCCAAGUUUUUCACAUUUAUUGUAUGUUCAGAUCCGCUGUGAUGACCCCAAAGGGGCGUGGCACAAAGGCAACACAGAUAAUCAGUAGGAGUCCCUUUAUUAGCUCCAACUUUUUCCCCAAAGUCCUGGUUACCUUUUGGCUGGAGAAAAACUCUCCCAGGAACAGCCUUUGGCUGCAGAGAAUCAAGUCCAAAACGUGGCCAAUAAAAACUAUAUAAGUCCAAUCAAGGCAAAAUGAGGUAAUUAGUCUGACAGGGGAGGAGCAAGAAUUCCAGACGGGAAGGAAUGGCCAUAAUUCAACCCGGUUGGGAAGACCUGAGCAAAGUC